AUGAAAGACAUUAUCUACGAAUGCAAAGCUCCAGGCUGCUCAAGCACUUAUGCAAGUGAAACGAACCUCAAGCGCCACAUAGAAGCCUACCAUACUGAAAGCAAAAAAUUCCAAUGCAAUUUUUGCAUGAAAAUUUUGUCUUCGAAACAAAAUUUAAAAGAACAUACUUUUACUCACUCUGGAGAAAAGCCUUAUGUAUGUAAAGAACCUGGAUGCGGAAUGAAAUUCCGCCAAGGAAGCCAAUUAUCGUCGCAUAAAAGAGUCCAUGUAGCAAUUAAAGCUUAUACGCAUAAAGCAGAGACCAAUAAAGUGAAGGAAACAUAUAUCAAGCUGACUGAGUGGAUAGAUAAAUCAAACUUCUACAAGCUAGAACAAGUUUUGCCGGUUUUGCAAACUUCUGAGGAGUAUAGCUUUAUGCUGCCUCCUAUAUCUGAGCCACAAGGGUUUUGUACUCUCCCAGCAGCUAUAUUCGGAAGUCAAUUGUUCAAUCAGUAA